CAGUUCUUUUUAGUAAACAAAAAACUUUUUUUUUUUUUAAAUUCCGAUUUCACCCUAAGUCAAAAUGCGUGAAAUACUACACAUUCAAGGAGGGCAAUGUGGGAACCAAAUUGGAUCUAAGUUUUGGGAAGUUGUUUGUGGUGAACAUGGGAUUGAUCCAAUUGGUAAGUACAUCGGAAAUUCAGAGUUGCGACUAGAAAGAAUUAAUGUGUACUACAAUGAGGCAAGUGGUGGCCGGUACGUGCCACGAGCCGUUCUCAUGGAUCUUGAACCUGGAACGAUGGACAGUAUUCGAACCGGCCCCUAUGGGCAGAUUUUCAGGCCUGAUAACUUUGUUUUCGGCCAGUCCGGGGCUGGAAACAAUUGGGCUAAGGGUCAUUACACCGAGGGAGCCGAGUUGAUUGAUUCAGUACUUGAUGUUGUUAGGAAGGAAGCUGAGAAUUGUGACUGUCUACAAGGGUUUCAAGUGUGCCAUUCACUUGGAGGAGGAACAGGGUCUGGAAUGGGGACCCUGCUUAUUUCAAAGAUAAGAGAAGAAUACCCUGAUCGUAUGAUGCUUACAUUUUCCGUUUUCCCAUCUCCAAAGGUGUCGGACACUGUGGUUGAACCUUACAAUGCCACUCUUUCAGUCCACCAGCUGGUGGAAAAUGCUGAUGAAUGCAUGGUUCUCGACAAUGAAGCACUCUAUGAUAUCUGCCUCAGGACUCUAAAGCUCACUACCCCAAGCUUCGGAGACCUGAACCAUUUAAUAUCUGCAACAAUGAGUGGUGUAACCUGCUGCUUGCGAUUCCCGGGUCAGCUUAACUCAGACCUUCGAAAAUUAGCAGUGAACUUGAUCCCCUUCCCAAGGCUUCACUUUUUCAUGGUGGGAUUUGCUCCAUUAACAUCUAGAGGAUCACAGCAAUACCGUGGACUCACGGUCCCUGAGCUGACACAACAAAUGUGGGAUGCCAAGAACAUGAUGUGUGCCGCUGAUCCACGCCACGGUCGUUACCUUACUGCAUCAGCCUUGUUUAGAGGCAAAAUGAGCACCAAAGAAGUUGAUGAACAAAUUCUGAAUGUGCAAAACAAAAACUCUUCCUACUUUGUUGAGUGGAUCCCAAACAAUGUGAAAUCCAGUGUUUGUGACAUCCCUCCCGAAGGGGUUUCGAUGGCUUCGACUUUUAUCGGGAAUUCAACUUCAAUACAGGAGAUGUUCAGGAGAGUUAGUGAGCAGUUUACAGCCAUGUUUAGAAGGAAAGCCUUCUUGCAUUGGUACACUGGGGAAGGAAUGGAUGAAAUGGAGUUCACUGAAGCAGAAAGUAACAUGAAUGACCUUGUUGCAGAGUAUCAGCAAUACCAAGAUGCCUCAGCUGAUGAAGAUGUCGAGUACGAAGAUGAUGAUGGUGGUGCUGAGAAUUGAAGAUGCUCCGCAAACUUACUGCUAGUGAAGUUACGUGCAGCAAUAAAUCGGUACUGAAAAUGUUGCUUAAAAUCAAAUGAAUUGCCUCUACCAAUGACGGAUGCCUAUGAUUUUUUAGUCUUUCCCUAAGGGCUUCCUCUCUUAAAUUCAGCAUUUAGGAAGGUAGCAAUGUUUCACUUUGUUAUCCAUUUAUUGGUAUAACUUUUGUUACUUAUCUGAAGGGGAAGCCCCUUAAUUUAUGGCUUUAUCCAGUUCCUGCUUUU